ACUGCGCAUCCUCCCACGCGGUUCGGGCCAGGCCUGUGCAGUGCCGGUGACUCGCAGCCCCCGGCUCCCGGCGCGGUCGCCUUCCCGGCUCGCGGCCUCUCCGGCCGUGGCACCACCAUGGCGCUCAACAAUUUUCUCUUCGCGCAGUGCGUCUGCUACUUUUUGGCCUUCCUGUUCAGCUUCGUGGUGGUGGUGCCGCUGUCGGAGAAUGGCCAUGACUUUCGGGGCCGUUGCCUGCUUUUUACCGAGGGUAUGUGGCUGAGCGCCAACCUGACGAUGCAGGGGCGGGAGCGCUUCACCGUGCAGGAGUGGGGCCCGCCAGCCGCCUGCCGCUUCAGCCUGCUUGCCAGCCUCCUGUCGCUGCUGCUGGCCGCCGCGCACGCAUGGCGCACGCUCUUCUUCCUCUGCAAGGGACAUGAGGGCACCUUCUUCUAUGCCUUCCUGAACCUCCUGUUCAGUGCCUUUGUGGUCUUCCUGGUCUUCAUUGCCAGCACCAUCGUCAGUGUGGGCUUCACCAUGUGGUGUGACGCCAUCACGGAGAAGGGCACUGUGCCCCACAGCUGUAAGAAGUUCCAGGACGUGGACUUGGAGCUGAACGUGGACAACUCUGCCUUCUAUGACCAGUUUGUUAUCGCCCAGUUUGGUCUGUGGGCCUCGUGGUUGGCUUGGCUGGCGAUCACCACCCUGGCGUUCCUGAAGGUUUACCACAACUACCGCCAGGAAGACCUGCUGGACAGCCUGGUUCAUGAGAAGGAGCUGUUGCUGGCCAGGCCAGCCUCUCGUACCUCCUUCCAGGGGGAGAAGAGUGCUGUCAUCUAGGCUGUGCAAGGGUGGCCCCCUUUCCUGAGGCCUGCACUGAGGGGUGGCUGGGGCCCCACCCAGGCUGGCCAGUGCAGCUCCGCAUGUGUCUCUUGGCCCCGCCCACCGUGAGCAGAGCACUUGUGUUCCCAUGGAGAGCCUGACAGUGAUGGCACAGAGACCCAGAGACUUGGGGUUGGGGUGCCUUCUGCUUCUUGUCCUGGCCUUGAUUAGUGUGAUCCCUACUCUGCCUCUGUGUGACCAUUGGCCCAUAUAUGUGCAUGUAUGAUAGCAUGUGUGUAGAUGGGAGUGUGACUGCAGAACAGAGCUGAUGGUGCUGGGAUUGCAGCCUCCUUGCACCACCACAGGCUCCAGCACACCCAAGUCCCUGCCCUUCCCAGAGGAGGCCAUCUUUCCAUUCUAUAGCAUCUUCAGCAAAGGUCCCCAGAAGGCACU